AUGGGCGUGCAGGGCGCGCUGCUACCACGGGUUCAACAAGGAUCUCCAACAGAAGUGCUGCGAGUGCCACAAAAGCAUCAAGACGUGGUGCGAGUGCAAAAGCUGCUCAAGGAAAACACGGGCGGUGCCACCAGCCAACCGGGUAUCAAGGGGUACGGGUUUGGUCGCCGGAUUAGGGGGCGGUAG